CAUCAUUUGGAGAAUGAUGCCACAAGGCAGGGUCACAGUUCGCAUUACAGAGUGAGAAGCGAUCGUCUGAGGGAUUGCUAAACAGUGAAGGGCAUGUAAAGCAGGAUUCCAUUCUGCCAGAGCCCAACUUGACAUUAUGGUAUUCCCAGAGUCAAAGAACGUGCAGCCAAGUGGGUCAGAAGAGAGAAGGCACAUUCAGAAGCAUGUCUUACCACAACACUUUGCAGGACCGAACCUUCUUACCUCCAGACUGAAUAAUUCACUGGUCAAUGUCAAUUAUGAACCACAGGACUACAGUGAGACAGACCCACUUUUGCCCAAUGAGCACUACAGUGGGGCUAGAUUCAGUGGGUCUCAGGAGGCAAAGGUGUCAGCUGUUGUACCUCCCGAGUCAGUCUGCUCCCUGGUGCUGCAGAUACUGGUGCCGUUCCUUCUGGCAGGGCUGGGAACCAUCUCUGCUGGACUGCUUCUUGAUGUGGUGCAGAGCUGGGAUGUAUUCCAAGAAAUCACAGAGAUCUUCAUUUUGCUUCCUGCUGUGUUGGGCAUGAAAGGAAACCUGGAAAUGACGCUUGCCUCUCGACUGUCAACAGCUGUAAAUGCGGGAAAAAUGGAACUUGCAAGUGAAAAAUGGAUGUUGAUCUUUGGAAAUCUGGCCCUCAAGCAGCUACAAUCAACUGUUCUGGGCCUUUUAGCCUCCCUGUUGGCUCUUGUAUUGGGCUGGAUUGCCGAUGGAGGGAUACCAUUAAAUCACGUUGUCCUUCUGUGUACAACCAGCGUUUGUACCACAUUUGUGGCCUCACUGCUGCAAGGUAUUAUAAUGGUGGGAGUGAUUAUUGGCUCAAAGCGGACAGGAAUCAACCCUGACAAUGUGGCCACACCCAUAGCAGCCAGCUUCGGAGACCUCAUUACUCUGGCCUUACUGGCUUGCUUCAGUCAGUGCUUCUACUCCUUCAUAGAGCUGUAUUUGUACGUGUUGUACCUCUUGGAUCUGUUUUUGUUGUGCCUGAUACCUCUGUGGAUUGUGAUCUCCUCCAAACACCAUGCUAGUUGGAUCCUCCUCCGUACUGGGUGGGAACCAAUCAUAACAGCAAUGGCGAUCAGCAGUAUGGGUGGCGUUAUUCUGGAUAAAACUGUGUCAGAUCCAAACUUGGCUGGGAUCAUACUUUAUGCCCCAGUCAUUAAUGGCAUUGGAGGAAACCUUGUCUCCAUACAAGCAAGCCGCAUUUCCACAAAUUUGCAUAUGAAUUUCUCACAUGGAGAGGUUCCUGAAGAUCAUAAAAGGUGCUACCAACCCUGCAGCACCUUCUUUGGUUCAGGACCGAAUCACAAAUCUGCAAAGGUGCUACUUCUCAUUGUCGUCCCUGGCCAACUGAUUUUCUUAUACAUUAUUCACCUGAUAAAAGGGGCCCACACCAUGCCCAGUGCACUCUUCACUGUCACAUUCUUGACUGCUUCCUUGAUUCAGGUUUUUUCCUUGCUGUGUAUAGCUGACUGUAUGGUCCACUAUUUGUGGAGGAAGGGUAAAGACCCAGACAGUUACUCUAUACCCUAUCUCACAGCUCUGGCUGAUCUUUUGGGGACAGCUCUUCUCUCCCUUGCCUUCCUAUUGCUUUGGUGCAGUGGAGACAUUGGUGGAUUAUAAAUUCAAAAGAGUGA